UUACAUCCCCUACAAUCAGCAGAAUCUCCACAAAACACUCCCUACCACCCUCUGCAUCUCUCUCUUCAAUCUCAUGAUUUCAUUUCAUUUCAUCUUCUCUCUCUAGACUGCCUGAUUCUCUCUCAUCCCCCUCAUUACCCUAAUCAUAAAAUCACAAAAACCUCAAUCCAACAUCAUCAAAAAUCAUCAAAAAAUCAUAAUGUCAGCAAUCAAGACCCCCCCACCAAACAAAUUGCUCACAUUUGGCCUUGUAUCAUCAUGGUACUCAUCAAACAUAGGUGUCUUAUUGCUCAACAAAUACUUGUUAACCAAUUAUGGAUUCAAAUACCCAAUCUUUCUAACAAUGUGUCACAUGUCUUCAUGUGCUUUGUUAAGCUACAUUGCCAUUGCAUGGUUAAAGAUGGUGCCAUUGCAAGUUAUCCGGUCUCGGGUUCAAUUCGUUAAGAUUUCUGCAUUGAGUUUGAUCUUUUGUGCAUCUGUUGUUAGUGGGAAUGUGUCGUUGAGGUAUUUGCCUGUGUCGUUUAAUCAAGCGGUUGGUGCUACGACGCCUUUUUUCACUGCGGUUUUCGCUUAUGUUAUGACUUUGAAGAUGGAGACUUGGCUUACUUAUGUCACCCUUGUUCCUGUUGUUACUGGUGUUGUUAUUGCAAGUGGGGGCGAGCCAAGUUUCAAUCUUUUCGGAUUCAUAAUGUGCGUUGGCGCUACUGCUGCGAGAGCACUUAAAACCGUGGUGCAAGGGAUACUGCUUUCCUCUGACGGGGAGAAGCUAAACUCUAUGAAUCUCCUUCUGUACAUGGCUCCUAUUGCGGUUCUUCUUCUGCUACCCGCAACAAUGUACAUGGAAGAAAAUGUUGUCGGCAUAACAAUAGCGCUCGCUCGACAAGAUUUUGGGAUUGUUUGGCUGUUGAUUUUGAACUCUUCUCUUGCUUAUUUUGUGAAUUUAACCAACUUUUUGGUCACAAAACAUACAAGCGCACUUACACUUCAGGUUCUUGGAAAUGCAAAAGGGGCGGUAGCAGUUGUUGUGUCGAUAUUAAUAUUUAAAAAUCCAGUUUCUGUGACGGGGAUGGCGGGAUACACAUUCACGGUUAUGGGGGUUAUUCUUUACGGUGAAGUUAAAAAGCGUAGCGCUAAAUAAGAGGGUGCGAUCUAACCGGAGAUGAGAUUACUAGUUUACUACCAUGUUUAGAUUUCAUAUAGAGAUAGUUCUUUCUUUUCUUAUUGUAGUUUUGACAUUGAAUCCAUUAGUAAAGAGUUUAGAAUUAAUCACAAGAAAAUAUUUUGUCAA